AUGGAGCUCAAGGCUGGAACCAGCAGCCUUCCUUUUCCCAGUAGAGUGAUUCUGCUUGAAUCUCUCCAAAUCACCGACAUCCUGACUGUGAUCCUAUUUGUAACGAUUUGGGCAUGGUUGACCGACGGAUUGGGUUUCUGGGCUCCCAAGCCCGACCCUAUGCUUUUCCUUCCGGUUCGCGAUCGGAGUCGAUACAAAAUGCUGCCGAAGGAGAACAGGAACAUUGCCGAGACAAUGAAGGAUUCGGAUGUGAUGGUUUACUGGGGCUCGCAAAGCGGCCGGGCCGAACGUCUGGCGGCACGUCUCGCGCGAGAAUGCACCGCGCGACUUGGUUUGCGUGUAGCAAUGGCCGAUCUGGACGAUCACGAUCACGAGCAUCUGUCCGUGGUGCCUUCCUCGAAACUGAUCGUGUUUGUUGUCUCGACGUUUGGCGAGGGCGACCCGACGGAUAAUUCGGUCGCUUUCUGUUCGGUGCUCAAAGCGCUGCGUGCUACGGGAAAUACGCAACUUCUGACGCAUCUGCGAUAUGCAGCCUUUGGAUUGGGCAAUCGGAAUUAUAGGCAUUACAACAAGAUCGUGGAUCUGGUUGACACGACGUUGCAGGAGCUCGGAGCUAGACGAGUAGGCACGGUAGGCAAAGCGGACGAGGCCAAGGGGGCGACGGCUACCGAUGAGGACUUUCUAGAAUGGAGUAAUUCGAUGCUCGAGAGUUUAGGCGAGAUGUUUGGCGUUGAAAAGAGACCUAUGGUGUACUCACCGGAAUGGGACGUCGUGGCUGCAGAUCCAAAGACAGAAGUGAUCCUGGCUAGAGAAGCACAGUCAAAUAUCAAUUUCCCGGCGGCAAUGGUCGCUGCGAGAGUCCUUACCAAUGGCCUGGACCGAAGAUGCUUUCACCUCGAAUUCGAUCUUUCCAGCAACCGCUCGAUGAAAUACCAGACGGGAGAUCAUCUACUGGUAUGGCCGCACAAUUCAGUCUCCGAUGUUCGGGGUCUCUGCCGUUUCUUGGGACUGGGUGAAAUGGAGCGCAUGCAACCUGUCGAGAUCAAAUCUCGACUUCAAGGAGGUAACUACUCGACUGCCUUCCCAUCUCCAACGACAAAGGAAAAGGUCUUACGGCACUACCUGGAUAUAUCUGGGCCGGUAUCCCGAGAUGUAUUGCGACAGUUGGCUGCGUUCAGUCCCACGCCAGCAGCCGGAGAAUAUAUCCUCGCUCUGGCAAAGGACAAAGCAAAGUUCCACACAACUGUAUCCUUGGGGCAUCUUUCACUUGCCAAUGUCAUGCAACUCGCAGCUGGCGACCAGGUCUGGAACCAACUACCGUUCACCUUUCUUCUCGAGUGUUUGCGGAAGCUCCAGCCCCGUUACUACUCGAUUGCAUCGUCACCAUCCGUGUCGCCAUUUCAGCCUGCCAUAACACUGGCAAUUACAAGAAAAGCCUUGUGCGCCUCGUCUUGCGGCGCUCACCUCCGGCGUUCUCACUUCCACGGUGUUGCUUCCAACUAUCUGCUUGCAGUCAAACGAAGCCAGAAGAGCAACGGCAACAGCAACAGCCAGCAACCGCUCGACGAAGGACCAGAUUACGGCAUUAUCAACAACCAGGUUCUCGUCCAGAUCCGGCGAUCGACCUUCAAGCUUCCAGCCAACCCGCAACGGCCCAUCGUCAUGAUUGCUGCUGGCACCGGUGUAGCCCCGUUCCGGGCGUUUGUUCAAGAACGAAUGGCGAUGGCAGCGCGCGGGCUUCCUGUCGGGGGAAGCCUGCUUCUGUUCGGGUGUCGAUCUCCAACGGAAGACUACCUCUAUAAACAUGAGUGGAGAGACCAUGUUGCGACGUUGCCCGGAUUCGAGGUCAUCAAUGCAUUUUCAAGAUACGGCGAAAAGAAAGUGUACGUCCAAGAUAAGCUACUAGAGGUAAAGGACAGAAUUGCCGGAUUGUUGGAGGAAGACGCUGCUGUUUAUAUUUGCGGGAGUGCAGAUAUGGCCAGAGAGGUUCGACGGGCGUUGAUGAAAGUUGUUAUGGAGAUGCGGAAUUGGACUGAAGAGGAGGCGGAACGGUAUGUCAUGGAAGACAUGAAAAAAGCAAAGCGCCUACAGGAAGACAUUUGGUCGGGUUAG